AAGAGUUCAGAUACAUUAAAAAAUCAGAUUCAUAAUUCCUGAUUCUGAUGUGUUUCUCUCCACCAGAUUCCCAUCAGCUCACUCUGGAUCCAAACACAGUGAAUAAACACCUCUGUCUGUCCGAGAGGAACAGAGUGAUUACUAUCACUGACACAGUCCAGCCGUAUCCUGAUCAUCCAGACAGAUUUGAUGUGUAUCAGCAGGUUCUGUGUAGAGAGAGUGUGAGUGGAUGCUUUUACUGGGAGAUUGAGUGGAGUGGGAGUGUGCAUAUCUCAGUGUCAUAUAAGAGCAUCAGCAGGAAGGGAGGGGGUUAUGAGUGUGCAUGUGGAUAUAAUGAUCAGUCCUGGAGUUUGAGCUGCUCUUCCUCCAGAUUCUCAUUCUAUCAUAAUAACAUACGCACUGUUCUCCCUGUAGAGUCCAUCAGCUCUAGAAUAGGAGUGUAUGUGGAUCACAGUGCAGGAACUCUGUCCUUCUACAGCGUCUCUGACACAAUGAGCCUCAUCCACACAGUCCAGACCACAUUCACUCAGCCACUCUAUCCUGGGUUUUAUGUUGGUUCUGGAUCAGUGAAACUGUGUUGGUUUCAGAAUAAACUGUAGAGAGAUUUUACCCAUAAUACUUUGAGCUGCAUGAUAAAUCAACUGAUAAUAACAAUAAUAAUAAUAACAAAAUAAUACUAAUAUUAAUCACUGAAAUAACAGAAUAAAUGUGUGUAUUAAAUCCUAUAGAGACAGUAAGAAGUGUGUGUGUGUUCAUUGAUUUAGUUUUUAUUGUAGUGACAUAUACAUAAAUGAAUAAGUACUAUCAAAAGUAAUUUUCAGUUAAAUGAUCAAACACAGGGUUCAUUACAAAAUGAACAGAUUGAGGACAGUGUGGUUUUGAAUAAUGAAGUAACAGAAACAGUCGUGAACAAUGUGAGGAGUGAAGAUGUGGAAAAUUACAUUAAUAGUGGAGAAAAUAGUGUUGGAGAAAAAUCACAAUUCAAAAUGUGAUGAGAGAUGAGAGAUAUGCUCUUUAUGAGAUUUCAGAUAUUGGGUCACAAGUGAUGUAAAACAUGAACUCUUUAGAUCAGGGGUGCCCACACUUUUUUGCCUGAUGAUCUACUUUUAAAAUGAUCUACCAACCAAAAAAAAAAAAAAAAAACGGCUUAAUUGUUGCUACUACUGCAUGAAUCUCUACAUGGAAUUCAGUAAAAUAAAAUGUUCAUUGUUGAAAUUCAAUUUGAACAAUUUUCAAUUUUAAUACACUUACAGCACAACAGAUUACAUUAGCCAGGGCAUUUACCUUAUUCUGAUGACUUGCACUGAAUAGAAUCGGACAGUUUUACAUAAUCUUUGUCGACAAAACACAGCUGCCAUUGUCUAAACUGGUGUCAAUCAACACUGACGGAGCACAUGCGAUGGUCGGCCGUUCAAACGGAUUCAUUAUUAAGAUACAAGGAGGAGGAUGCUCUUCCCGACUUCCUUAAUUAUACACUAACAAGCUCUAUGUGCGAAAAUGCAGAACAUGAAAGAGAUCGUGGAUGUGUUCAUGAAAAUCGUCUGCUCAAUACGUGCACGCUCACUUCAGCAGAGACGACUGUUUGUUUCGUGCGUAUUUGGAGGAAGCCGACUUCACGCGCUGUUCUCCGGCUAGUUGUCAUGGCAACUGAAUAAACAAAAAUCUUGCCUGGUAAAAAAUGUAUUAGUCAAAUGCAACUCAGUCUCAGACAGAAACUAAAAGGACAAGAAAUUGCAUCGUUAUAUUUCUUUUUAUUAAAAUGUAACAAAAGCAUUUAUUAUAAUUGUGUGCGAUCUACCAUCAUUGUCUUUGCGAUCGACUGGUAGAUCGCGAUCGACCUAUUGGGCACCCCUGCUUUAGA